AAACAUUUUACGGGCCUGUGCUGAAUCUUAAGUAGGGGCCUUCCGUUUACUGCGUAUGGAGCCACGCAGUUUAUUUUGAAAACUAACCGGAAGUAAACCAUAUUUCUUUUGGUUAUGAGAUGGUGGUGGGGGGAAAUAGCUGUAACUGCAUCGUUCUGGUACCGCUAACUUAAUGCCAGUUUGGGAAUUCGGAAGUCGAAACGUCUACGUGAGGGUUCUCGUAUACGACACAUCUUCUUUUCCCGAGCUGCUCUCCUUUUGUGCCUGUUGUUAGCAUGCGGAUGCUAGUUUCAACCGGCCUGGAGCAGUAGUAAGCUAGCUCUUAUCUCGCCUCACAGACACACAGGACAGAAACCAUAGUGGCUCGGGUUUGUUUUGAUUCUCCCCUCGGUGCGCUAUUAGCCAAGUGAGUGAUGUGGAAAGUAACGCCACAAGCGUUUGGCGUUCUUCUGUCGGUGUGCUUCUUUGGGAACUUUGUUCUGGGUUGGUUUCAGCGAAACAACGUGAGACCUCAAACGCAGCACAACGAACAUCCGAGAAGCUCCUCAGACAGCCAAGACCAAAGCUGCCUCUGCCAUCUCACAGGAGUCCUGGACGAUUGUUUUUGUGACGUCGAGAGCAUCGACCUCUUCAACAACUUCAAGAUAUACCCUCGCAUUCAGAAGCUGACCGAGAGGGACUACUUCAGAUACUACAGGGUGAACUUAAAACGGCCGUGUCCUUUCUGGCCCGAUGAUGGACACUGCUCCAUCAAAGACUGUCACGUGGAGCCCUGUCCAGAGAGUAAGGUCCCUGUGGGAAUCAAAUCUGGGAACUAUAACAAGUACUCCCAGGCAGCCAACACUGUCCCCGACAUGUCCGAGUGUCAGCAGGCCAAAGAGCUGGGCGCUAUCAACAACACCCUGAGUAACCAGAGCAAGGAGGCGUUUGCCGAUUGGGCGAGACAUGACGAUGCUCAGGACCACUUCUGUGAGCUAGAUGAUGAGACCGCUCCAGAUGCAGAGUACGUGGACCUGCUGCUGAAUCCCGAGCGAUACACCGGAUACAAAGGUCCAUCUGCCUGGAGAGUGUGGAACAGCAUCUAUGAGGAAAACUGUUUCAAGCCCAGGUCAGUCUACCGACCUCUGAACCCUCUGGCUCCCGGCAGAGGCGAUGACGAUGGAGAAGGUUUCUACAACUGGCUUGAAGGUUUGUGUUUGGAGAAAAGAGUUUUCUAUCGACUCAUCUCAGGCCUCCACAGCAGCAUCAACAUCCACCUGUGUGCCGAGUACCUGCUGGACGAGGGCUGGGGCCAGUCCGUGUGGGGGCCAAACGUCCAGGAGUUCCGUCAGCGCUUCGACACGAUAGAGACGAAGGGGGAGGGGACGCGGCGGCUGAAGAACCUCUACUUCCUGUACCUGAUAGAGCUGCGGGCGCUCUACAAGGUGGCGCCGUACUUUGAACGAGCCUUCGUCAACCUGUACACCGGAAACUCUCAGGAGGACGGGGGCACCAAGGAACUGCUGCUGCAGGUCUUCAAUGAGAUCAAAUCUUUCCCAAUGCAUUUUGAUGAAAAGUCCAUGUUUGCUGGAGACAAAAUAGAGGCGAAAACGUUAAAGGAGGAAUUCCGCCUCCAUUUUAAAAACAUCUCCAGGAUCAUGGACUGUGUCGGCUGCAGUAAAUGUCGACUGUGGGGAAAGCUACAGACCCAGGGAUUGGGCACAGCUCUGAAGAUCCUCUUUUCCGAGAGGGAGAUUCAAAAUCUGCCCGAACACAGCCCAUCCAAAGGCUUCCAGCUCACCCGACAGGAAAUCGUGGCCUUGAUAAACGGCUUUAGCAGGCUGUCCACCAGUAUACAUCAGCUCCAUAACUUCCGUCUGAUGCUGAAGGAGAAGAGGUAACAGCGGAAGAGAAGAGAGCACCCGUCCUAUAGGCAGCACGGCCCCCAGAGAACUGCAGCAGACCACUUCCUGCUCAGAAGACGCCGCCUUGCAUGGACAUCAGGCUCAGCCGCCAACCCGACGGAAUCCUUUUCUCCCCGUUUUCGAUCUCAUGAAUCUGUAGUCUUUCCCUUCCGCAGCGCCCCCUCCUGACGGAGCGCGGAUGUUCGGUCCUCUGCCUCCUGCUGCCUUCAUCAGAAAGUCCUCUCAGGUUCCGGAAACAACCUGAAGGUUUUUUUUUUUCUCUCCGCUGUUAAACUUCGCCAACUAGGAAACCUUUUUCCAAUAUUUUGUUCUCUUUUAACAAGUUAACCUCCCCAAAAAAGCAAUGAAGGAAUUCACAUUCAGACUCAGAGCCGACUAGAAACGACGAGCUGGACCUCUGGUGCUGGACACAGAUCUAACUGUUGGACAGGCCUUCACACAGAGGGCUGGCUUCUCUUUUCUGUGGCACUUUGCUUCAGGCUCGGUGGUUCAUUGGAGGCGUAAAAAAAGCUUUCCCUCAGAAACUCCAACACUUGAGAUUCAAGCUGAGAGGAGUCGGUCAUUCAAUCUUUCAGCUUAAUUUAAUCACUUGACUUUUCGUAGUUCCACAUAAAAUAUGGAGGUGGUUUGAUGUGAAAAUCUUCUCACGUGCUUACAAUGAACCAUCUGCACACGCAUCUUAAAAGGGACACAAGCGAGCUCAUUUCUUAGUCUGCUUUGAAGAGGAAAACCCCGUAUUUAGCUCCACUGAUGCUCUCUGCUGCCGCUUAGCUUAGCCGCUGUGUUUUUGGACAGCGUGGUUCAGGGGCCCUCUGAUAAAGCCAGUGUGUUCAUUGAUCAGAUCUAGUCCACACAUUUUCCUGCCCCCUCCUCAAAAUGUGAGCAAAUGAGGAUAAUCUUUUAGAAACGCCUGUGGGCUGCUGACGAACGCGAGCUCCUUUCUUUGUUGGCUUCUGUAAACAGCGUGGGUUAGAUUAGGCUGUUAGUGGCUGGUUGAAGCCUGGGCUGUUACGCCGAGGGGGGGCUUGGUGUUUUUUGUCUAACAUGCUUCUGUACAUAAUAGCGGCAUCUAUGAGAUUUUCUUUUUUUUUCCGGAGGCUUAAUAUUGCAAUUUUAAGAAGAAGUGAUUUCUUUUGCUGACAUCUGAGGUUUAUAUGAUUGAGAUCUUGUCUCAAAAUAUCUGAUUGGUGUUCAUCACAUCAAAGUGACCAGAGGUGAAGAGCAGGGCAGCAGAAAGAAGGUGUCGGCUAACUGUUUGUCAUCAGACAGAGGCUGUAGGUGUCGUUCUGAGGGCCUGGUUCUGGACACGGCUUUGACCGGUAGGUGAUGGGCUGCAUCACACUCCACUUUCUGGAUAUUCCGAAUAUUGAAUGUCUGGUUUUGGUCUGAUCUUUCGAAGAUUAGAACGUUUGUUUGUUUUUGCUAUGCUAAAUCAAGAUAUAAUGAAAUAUAUAUACGACUAGCAACCGUUUAAGGACAGAAAAUGUAAAAAAACAAAAAAAAAUAGUUAAAGACACCACUGGAUAAACUGCCUUCAGGAAACAAUAACUGGACUGACGUACAUUGAUGAGCUAUUGUUCAUGUUUGUCAUAGGAACUAAACACAGGGCGUGUGUUUAGGCUUUAUGUGAAGAAUGAGAAUCGCAGCUAUAAAACAAUAGACUCCCAACUUGAUCCUGUGCCGGGGAACCGUAAACGUGACAGAAGUAGCAGAUUUUUUUUACUGUUCUCUGAUAGGACAGAAAACUCUUGUUUGUGAUCGGACGAGGUGAGUUGUGUUGGUCUACUGUAGAGCCACAUGUUUGUUGUGUUUUUUUCUUGAUCCGCGUUAACUUAAAGUUCACCAAGAAAGAUCCAAAGAGGAAACUGUUUUUUGGUCUAAGGAAAGCUGCAGCAUUUCAUCCGAUGCUGUAACGGUUUCCUUCAGAGGGAGAAGUGAACCUGAAGAGCGAUUGCUAGCUGCCAUGCUCAGAGCUGCCUAAUCUGAAUGGCACUUUACUUGAAAAGAGCCGAGUCUGAUAUUUAAGGCGAUGUUUAGGCAACGUCCGACAAGCAGAGCUGGGCGGUGGACGUGGCCAAAAAGACAGAAUAACUGUCCAGGCCGGCAAACGCUCAGCCUUUACACUCGUGAACCUUUUCCCAGUGGGACUAUGGCCACUAGCAGCUUGGCGUUUUUGUCUAGAUGUUUCAGCCUUUGUCGAAUAAGAAGAAAGCGGCUUAAAAGGCCUGAAAAGCAGCUUUCGACCUGUUUUUUUCCCCCCCCAGAUGAGUUGUUUUGGUGUCUUCGGCUGUCAUUCCACUUAAUAGCAGUUUUUUUUUUUUUGUUGUAUUUUACCCAGCAGUGCAACUGCAAAGUGGGCCAAAGAAUUUUACGUUGCCUUUAUUAUACUGUUGUGAUGUGUUUUCUGCUUGUUUUAUCGAGACGCCUCAGCCGUGCAAUACCUUAGAGAUAAAGUUACCAUAGGCUGUUACACAUGUAAGUUGUUUUUGUCUCAGCAGGCCUAGGAAUCGGUUAGUUUUUUACCUCUGUGGAAGAGAUGUUUAGAGAACAUAACGGCGUCUGAGGUGCAACUGCAGCAUCUGGAACUCAGUGUCAGGUCACAAUAGUUUUUCUCUGGCUGUUUGUUUAAAAAAAAGUUAAGUACUUUUAAGGACAGGUAAAUAAAUAUGGCUUCCAGCAGCAGCUUCAGUCAAGAACAUGUUCUGAGUCCCGCCUUUCUCCUCAAUUCCUCCACCGACUAUGGCUUCCGUCAAACCCAGAGACAGUCCACCCACAGGGGCAAAUAGUCAAAACGUCCGAAUGUGACCUUUCAAACGUGCGUCCAUGCACGUCCGUGCGCCGGCCACACAGGAAGUGGACUCCACGUUUCUGAGGCACGUUAACGGGUGAAACGCAGACUUGUGCAAGCCGUCAUCUAAAGUGUGUGUGUGUGUGUGUGUGUGUGCGGUGCGCUCUGGACGGAAGCCUGGGUGUCACUGCCAUUCCCCGUUAAAUGAUUCAAAUCUUUUUUUCUGUUUCAGUGGCUUUUAGAUUAUUUUUUUUUCUUUCAUUUUUGUCUUCAACUUCAUUUCUUUAAAUUUUUUGGGGAUUCUUUUUAUGGCUUGAAAACUUUUGAAAACUACUGUAGAAAAAUUGUAGAAUGAUUCCAACGCAGAGCAUAAUUUGUAGAUUUCCGAAACCUUCGACAAAACAUUUGUACCUUGUCCACUUUGCAUUUGUAACGAUGGCAGUAGAGAUUUAUUUUUAUCUGUCACUUUCCGCAGUGAGGAAUAUCUGUUUAUGUUGCACAUCAAUCCUGAUUUAGAGUGAAAAAAGCAGAUUUUUAGCUGCACACGGUGUGUGUGUGUUUGCUUGUGUGCGAGCCGUGUACGGCCUCCUUAAAAUGAAAUCGAUAAAGGACGCUUCAGAUCUUCACACUCUCCAAAUCUGCACAGUUCGUAGAAGACUGCACGUGUUGAGUUUCCUCUGUUCUGCUCCAUGAUCUCUGUGAAUACCUGUAUACAGACGUAGUUGCACCAUGUUUACUUGUGCACCUGCUGAGUAUAUUUAUUGAAAAAGAUGAAUAAA